AAACGAUUUAUGGGGUUAACUGACUAAUUAUAAUAAUUAAUCAUUAACUAGUGGUCAUGCUUAUUUCGGUCCAAUUAUGGUCAAUUGUACUAUUGAUGGGCUCGGCUUUAGCAGGAGAAUUUUAUAAUGAAACUUUAACUUUGAAACCUUUACCGAGAAAUAAAUUAUUAUCGACAUUUAAUUUCGAUAUUAAUUCUUCACCAUUUACUUUACAAUAUUAUAAUUCAUCUAUAGAUAAAAGAGAAAAUCAUCAUUAUACUUAUUUCCCUCGAGCUUUAGGUCCUAUAUUGGAAUCUACCAAUGUUAGAGAAUUACAUUUAAGAUUUACUCAAGGUUGGUGGGAUUCUGAUUCUUGGGGGAAAUUACCAUUUAAUGGAUUUAAAAGUGGAGGUACUGGAGUAGAAGUUUGGUCAGUAAUUGAAGCUCCAAAUAUUGAAAUUGCUAAAGAAAAUUGGUAUAAAUUAUCAAAAACUUUAUCAGGAUUUUUCUGUGCUUCAAUAAAUUUUAUUGAUGAUUCAAUAACUACAUUUCCUAAACAUGCAAUAAAAUCUUAUAAUAAUAAUAAUAAUAAUAAUAGGAAAUAUUAUUCAAAUAAAUCUAAUAAAUUAUAUCUUAUAAGAGCUGCAUUACCUAGUGAACCUAUUUGUACAGAAAAUUUAACUCCAUUUCUUAAAUUAUUACCAACAAGAGGUAAAUCAGGUAUAUCAUCAUUAUUAGAUGGUCAUAAAUUAUUUGAUUCAUUAUGGCAUGGAAUGUCAAUUGAUGUCUAUACUGAUUGUGAAAAUGAAAAUCAAAUUUGUAAAUUUAAAAUGAAUCAAUCAGUUAAUCAUGUAAUUGAUAUUAUGAGAUCAAUAAGAAAAGGUGAAGAAGGAGCUAUUCCAAAACCAACUCCUGGAGAAAAAUUACGAUGUGAUGAAAAUAAAACUUUUAAUGUUUGGCAAUGUUUCCCACUUAAUGAUCCAACUGAAUUAGAUUGGAGUCUUGAAACUUUAUAUGGUAGAUUAAUUAAUGGACCAGCAUUUCUUAAUGAUCAUACUGGUACAACAUUAAAAGUUUUAACUAAUAGAGAUUAUUGGAGAGUAACUGCAAAACAAAAUAGAAAAGAUUCUAUUGUUACAUAUACUUUAGCUGGUGAAGAAAAUACUCUUACCGAAAUUCUUCAUGAUCAAGCAAAAUAUGAUUUUAAUUUUAAAACUACUGAUAGUAGUCAAGUUUUACCAGUUGAAAUUCCUCCAUUACUUGUAUCUCGAUCAUUAACUGGUUAUUCACUUGAUAAAGGAGGAUUUAGAGUUUCAUUUAAAAAUCCUUCAGAUCAAGAUUCAAUUGAUUUUCUUUAUUUUGAAUCAUUACCAUGGUUUGCAAGACUUUAUUUAAAUACUCUUACUAUUAAAAUUCAUAAUAGUACAGGAGAAUUUUCUGGAAAAGAAUUAGAAUCAGAAUUCAUUAAAAAUACUUAUUAUCGACCAGCCAUUGAUAGAAGUCGUCCAUCCCAUUUAGAAUUAUUAAUUUCUAUACCUGCCAAUCUGACUAUUAUACUAACUUAUCAAUUUGAUAAAUCAUUAUUAUUAUAUCAUGAAUAUCCUCCUGAUGCUAACCAUGGAUUUGCCGUGGAACCAGCCAUUAUAACUGUUUUAGAUAAUCAAGGUAAAGAUAUUUAUGAACUUCGUACAACAAGUUUAUUACUUACACUUCCAACGCCUGAUUUUUCUAUGCCAUAUAAUGUAAUAAUUAUGACAUGUACUAUUAUGUCAUUAAUGUUUGGUUCAGUAUUUAAUUUAUUAACUAAAAAGGUAAUUACCGAAGAAGAAUUAGAACAGAUUAGUCUGCAAUCAAAGGGUGCUAAAAUAGUCCUGAUUAUCAGACAAAAACUUGCGGGUCUUAAGGGUAAGAAAACUGCAAAAACCACUACAACCACUACAACCACCCAAACAGAACCUACAAAAGAGCCUGAACCCACCGAGGGUACAUCCACAUCCGUCCAACCUAAUCUGUAUACAUAAAUUAUAUAUAGUAAAGUAAGUUAAAUAAAGUAAUUACACGAUAAAUACCAUAAAAUAAGCAUUUCCUUCUACCCCGGACAAAAAUUGCUUUUUUUUACCAAUCCGGUAAUUCGCAACACUUUUCUUCUCCGAUAUCCGGAGCCAGAAUA